CUGGAUUUGGAUUGAAGGGUUCUAAAAUUUAGACACUGCUUGAAGAUCAAGGAGGAAAGGAGGACAGAAAACUAUUCUGCUUCUCAAAAGCCUGCUUUGUGUAAAUGAAGAGGUAACUGCUUUGUCAGAGGGGAAGUGAUGGUUCUAGCUCAGGCAGGUAACUUGGAGUGAGCAGACUUUGGGUAAGCUCACUUUGUUACUUCCCUAUUCUGUGCCCUUUUACUUUGGCUUCUCAGUUUGUAUGGUAUAGAAUAUGUACGCAGCAAUGGCUGACUUGAAGAGUCUUGUGAGAGGCUUGCUUCUGACACUAUACUGACAUUAUUCAUGCAGUUUCGAAGACAAAGCUUGUAGGGAUGUCAGAAGUGGCCUUCACAUCUUGAACAGGAUUUUAUUUGAAUUAAUAGCUCUUUUUACAUACGCAGUGCUGAGAGCCAUCUCCAAAAAGAGGUUGUUUUAUAGAUGAGAAAGCAGUGGUUCCCUUAGAUCUGAAUCUAGCUGAUGUGGUUUCAGAUUUCACUCAGUGACACAGGAUGACAUGCUCUCUAACCUACCUUUAUGCAGCAUCUAAAAUCCUGCAAAGUACACUCUCUACGUUUUCGACAUGAGGAGGUGUAUUUCAAGAAUCUUUCAAAACAGAAACAAAAGGAAGUCAUGGAGAAGAAUCAAAACAACCACAAACUUCGUGUUUGUGUUGCUACUUGCAACCGUGCUGAUUAUUCAAAAUUAGCUCCCAUUAUGUUUGGUAUUAAGGCAGAACCACAGUUCUUUGAGCUUGAUGUCGUAGUGCUUGGUUCCCACCUGAUUGAUGAUUAUGGUAAUACCUAUCGUAUGAUUGAACAAGAUGACUUUGAUAUCCAUACAAGAUUGCACACCAUUGUGAGAGGGGAGGAUGAGGCAGCUAUGGUGGAGUCAGUGGGCCUUGCCUUAGUCAAGUUGCCGGAUGUCCUGAACCGCCUGAAACCUGACAUAAUGAUAGUUCACGGGGACAGAUUUGAUGCUUUGGCCCUGGCCACAUCUGCAGCCCUGAUGAAUAUUCGCAUUCUUCACAUUGAAGGUGGGGAAGUCAGUGGGACCAUUGAUGACUCCAUCAGACACGCUAUAACCAAACUGGCCCAUUACCAUGUGUGCUGCACAAGGAGUGCAGAGCAGCAUUUGAUAGCCAUGUGUGAAGACCAUGACCGCAUCCUUUUAGCAGGUUGUCCCUCAUAUGACAAGCUUCUCUCUGCCAAAAAUAAGGACUACAUGAGUAUUAUACGCAUGUGGCUAGGUGAAGAUGUGAAAACCAGAGAUUAUAUAGUUGCUCUGCAACAUCCUGUAACCACAGAUAUUAAACAUUCCAUAAAGAUGUUUGAGCUGACACUAGAUGCACUCAUCUCCUUCAACAAGAGAACACUUGUUCUAUUUCCUAAUGUGGAUGCAGGAAGCAAAGAGAUGGUUCGGGUGAUGAGGAAGAAGGGCAUUGAACAUCAUCCCAAUUUUCGGGCAGUAAAGCAUGUCCCAUUUGACCAGUUCAUUCAGCUAGUUGCUCAUGCUGGUUGUAUGAUUGGUAACAGCAGUUGUGGUGUCAGAGAGGUGGGAGCAUUUGGUACACCUGUCAUCAACUUGGGGACACGUCAGACAGGAAGAGAAACAGGUGAAAAUGUUCUUCAUGUUCGUGAUGCCGAUACACAGGAUAAGAUUCUGCAUGCUCUUCAGCUGCAGUUUGGUAAACAGUAUCCAUGCUCAAAAAUAUAUGGAGAUGGUAAUGCUGUUCCAAGGAUUUUGAAGUUCCUCAAAUCUAUUGACCUCAAAGAGCCAUUGCAAAAGAAGUUCUGUUUUCCUCCUGUCAAAGAUAAUAUCUCUCAAGAUAUUGACCAUAUUCUAGAGACACAGAGUGCUCUGGCUGUGGAUCUAGGUGGAACUAAUCUCCGAGUAGCAAUUGUCAGUAUGAAGGGUGAAAUAGUCAAGAAGUAUACCCAGCUCAACCCUAAAACUUAUGAAGACAGACUAGAAUUAAUUCUAAAGAUGUGUGUAGAGGCUGCAUCGGAGGCAGUAAAUGUGAACUGCAGAAUUUUGGGAGUAGGUAUUUCCACAGGGGGACGAGUAAACCCCCGAGAAGGAAUUGUGAUUCACUCUACAAAACUCAUUCAGGAGUGGAGCUCUGUGGAUCUCAGAACUCCAAUAUCUGAUGCUCUGCACCUGCCAGUCUGGGUGGACAAUGAUGGAAACUGUGCUGCUCUAGCAGAGAGGAAAUUUGGUCACGGAAAAGGAAUAGAAAAUUUUGUAACACUCAUUACUGGUACAGGAAUUGGAGGUGGAAUUGUUCAUCAACACGAACUGAUCCAUGGCAGUUCUUUCUGUGCUGCUGAGCUUGGGCAUAUUGUUGUAUCUUUAGAUGGACCAGAGUGCCUGUGUGGUAGCCAAGGAUGUAUAGAAGCAUAUGCCUCUGGAAUAGCAUUACAGAGAGAAGCUAAGAAACUGCAUGAUGAGGAUCUGCUUUUAGUGGAAGGAAUGUCAAUGAAGAAGGAGGACGUUGUUAGCGCUGCACAUCUCAUUCAAGCAGCUAAACUUGGGAACACAAAGGCAGACAGCAUUCUGAGAACAGCUGGAACAGCAUUAGGCCUUGGAGUUGUGAAUAUUCUGCACACCAUGAACCCCUCUCUUGUGAUCCUUUCUGGAGUUCUAGCUAGCCACUAUGUUAAUGCUGUCAAAGAUGUGAUAAAUCGACAGGCUCUGUCCUCUGUUAAAACUGUGGAUGUGGUAGUCUCAAAUCUAGCAGAUCCUGCUCUUCUUGGAGCUGCUAGUCUGGUACUGGAUUAUACUACACGUAGAAUAUACUAGAUACCUGGAAGAAUUACAGAAAUGGACUGUUCAAAUUCCUAAUGGGUGGAGGGAAUACUUUGCCUAAAAUUUUUCUUUGAUGAGAGCAGCUACUGAAUCAGAGUAGUGUUCUGAAUAGUUAGUGACUACUUCAGCAUUUCCUAAUUGAGGUAUUAUCUUUUUGUAUUUUUCUGAAAUUUCAUCUGACUUCAUGGAAAUUAAUGUGCAAUUCUGUUGUUUUUAAUCAUCUCUGUGAGUAAGCUCGUAUGUUGUUUUAAGUGCAGCUGAAUUAUUUAUGAACAUAUCUUGAUGUAUGGUGUGUCAAAUUAGAGCUAACAUUUGGGGAUCCAUAUCUCAUUUCCCACCUAUGUGAAAUGAGAAGUCUACAAUGUUGUCGACCAGCUUUUCAGUUUCCAGGUUUCCACCCACAAAGGAAAUAUGAUGAAAUCACCAAUAGCAGGUAGUAAUUUCAGUGGGUGGAAACAAGGGAAGCUGCCUCUACAAUCACAAAGGCUGCAUCUAGAAAUUGUGGUUCAUGAAGGACCUUGGUGGAGGCAGUUUAUUACAUCAUCUUUAGAGGGCAGAGACCCAUUUUAGAAGCUUUGCGCAUGAAGGAAAAAGAUCGUGGUCUAGUAAGCUUACAGCUUGUAGAGUAGUCCAAACUGACAAGUGUAGCAAUGAGCAUCUUUGCCUUCUGGCUAUGGCCAACAGUAAAUUAUUUGAAUUUUAUUGUUUGGGGUUUUCUCAAGGGACUUAGUCUACUACUUUGUCUGCCAAAUUAACAGAGAGAGACUGUUUAUUCUUUGGUAGCCAGUUAGCUGAAAUUCAGCUAUGUGGCACAUCAGAGCAUAAAGACUUUACUUGUCAAUAAAACUCUUCCACUGCAGACUGACAUAGUGCAUCUUCUCAGCAGUUCUGGUGGCUGCAGGUACACUGUUCUUGUCCUGUAUUCACCAUCAGCUCGCAGGAUGGAAAGUCAAAUCUGAGCCUCAUCCUUACCUUCAAGAUAUUCAGAAGCCUGGGAACAAAGUAUGUCAAAUACCAGUGAAGGCUUGCCUAGGUAAACCAUGGUUUAUGUUUCUUUAACUAGUCCUUCUUUGAGAUUAGCUCUGUCUUUAUCCAGCUGCUUUUUAGCACACUUUCAAGAUACUGUAGUAACGACAACUAUUUUAUACAAGGAGAAUCUGAAAAACAGACCUAUCUAACAUAUCAGCUAUCCUAGAAGGAAGAUACCUGUGGAGGAACAGUCACAAGACCAUCCUCUAUCCUGCAUUUAAUGGCCUGUUUUGACAUCUGACUCAGCCACCACUGAUGAUAUUCUCAGAAGCCCAGUAAUGUACUAGUACAGGGGAAUAAAAUAUUUCCACACUCAAACUUCUCCAACCAAAAUGAAACAACCUUCUGCAACCACUGCGCUCUGCUGUACAAUAAUUUUGGACUGAAUAGCUGUUAGUGUAGUGAACCAUUCUACUGGAUAAUUCUGGGGUAUAAUCUGCACAAGUUUCCUUUACUUGAUCCUCUCUUGCACAAGGAAUCUUACUGAGAACUCACAUCUUCACAGCAGACUUUAGAAACACCUCCAGAUCUCCUCCUUGAUGUCUCCAGGAAUAAUUGCACAGCUUCUAUACCAUAGUUUUUUCUCAGAGUCAGCAAAUACUGGCUCUUAACCAUUUGCAAAGUUGGAGUAGGCUUUAUGUCACAUGGGGUUCUUAGUUCCUUUUCCUAUGUGUCUUGGUUUACUUGGCAAUUCCCAGUAACUUCUAUACCAGAGCAGUAGCUCCAUGAGCAGGUCAAGAAGAAAUCAGCUUUGCUCUGUGGUGAUAGUAGCUCAGGUUAGGAGUAACAGUAUUGAGGAACACAAAGGAGCCCUAUCAUUUCAUCUUUCCAACCUCUAGCAUCACAAGGAAUGCCUGACUAAAAGUGGGACCAGGCUUUUGCUUUCCAGACCUCCUGAAGCUAGGAUAUUUUUGAUGGACUCCAGGUAUGUUUUUCCCUAGCAGCUGAAGGGAGGGUGCAGGCUUAGAGAAAACAUGAAAGACUAAAACACAGUUGAAAAGUUUUACUCUAAACAGUAAAGGUGUUUAAUCCUGUUAAGAAAAUGGUUCCUGAAAUGCUUUUGAACAUGGUUUUUCCUGUCAACUGGACAAGAACCUGCUGCAUAUGUGCAAGUGGUGCAGAAGUCCUUGCAGUUUUCCCUGAUAAGUUUGUGGGUUUAUAAAAAUCAAAAAGAAUAAAAAAAAUAUUUAAUAGCAAAA